AGACUGUCAUUUUGAACUUUGUCUCACUCUGAAAGCAGAAAAUGGCCGAAAGGUUUUGGCAAGCUACCUUCUUGGGAGAAGUGCAAAUACCAUUGAUUUUUCGAGGCCUCUCAUGGAUGAAGAUGUGCUCCUUUUUACAAGUGUGGUCAGGUUCCCUGAUGACUCUUUGUAUGAUCAUGUGGUUGCAGUACCUUGCAGGAACGGGAACGUCAUUCUGAGGGUAGUCCACAUGCAGGUGUUCUAAGGUUGACGUCACUACUUCAUCGUUCACCUCAUUUUCCCAGAACAGAAGCACCAAGAAAAUUAUCACCAUUAUUAUCAUCAGAGUGCAGAUCCUUUUUUAAUAGUGAGAACAUUUAAAACCUACUCUUUGAAUACUUUUGAAAUCUACAAAAUGGCAGCAUGGCCCAGGAGUGUGACUGGCAGUGAAGGAGCUGGGAAGACCUUGGAUGCAGGAAGGUCAUUUAAAGCAAAAGAUUAAGAAGCAGCAGUGUCCCUCUUGCGGCAAGAGUUGGCAGCAUGCGGUUGGUAUGUCAACAAAUCCAAGGUCCAAGGGCCCGGAUUGUCUGCCAAAUUCUUGGGAGUUGUUCGAUCAGGCUGACAUGCUCCCACAGCACUAUGGACUGGGCCCACACCUACGCUGAUGUGACCAAUGUCUCCAACUGUUGGAUCUGCUCCACCCUUCCAGCAGCAGCUGCAAACAGUUUGCCCUGGAACGUGUAUCCUGCUUCUGUGAAGAACUGGACAUGGCUAGAAGCUUGGGGUCCCACGGACAAUGGGUGGGAUGCCACAGGGCGGGCUUUGGAUAGAGGACAUCACAAAACCCAUGGCAAACUUGCCCCCUGGCUGACUCCUAGUGUCCAUGAUGGAUGGGGCUGGCCAAUGGAAGAACACGUGGUGCCCCCAUUGCAGGUAUCACAAUGUAUAGAGCAGCACUGGGGUAAAGUCACUGUGGGAUGGUUGCCUACUGAGGUUUGUGCAAAUAUAACAUGUGUCACCUCACCAAGGGUGUGGUGGAACAAGCGGCCUUACCAAGGCUAGGCCCGCACGGACUUUGUGUUCCCUGGGAGUUUAUGGGUCUGUGGGGACACACGAUGGCCAUAUUGGCCACCCAAUUGGACUGGAUAUUGUACCUGGGGUUGGCCCUAUGUGCCUGCCACUGUGCUUCCCACAUUGACUAGUCGUGGCAUAACUCGGAGCCACUGUGUUCCAGCUUUUUGCCAGUGCAUCAGGCCCCCUGGUGGUUCUAUCCCUUAGCAAUGACUAUCCCUGGAGCAGGCAUCAUUACUGUAGAAAAGCAGGUUGCAGCCCCUUUGCAGACCACACAGCUCGGGCCUGAGGUGCCCUCCUUUGGUUAACUGAUGAAGUUGAUCAGAUCAGGAAGGUGGCGCUGCAAAACCGGACGGCCUUAGACAUAGUCGCAGCUGCCCAAGGUGGCACCUGUGCCCUUGUAGGGACACAAUGUUGUACAUUUAUCCAUCACAAUCACUGGAAUACAAUGGCAGCUUUACAAGGGGUGUCAUAGGAGAUUAAGGUGACUGAGUACCUUACUGAUGACCGCCUGCAGAGACAGUGGGCGUCUUUGGGCUCUGGCCUACAUUGGGCUCUCAUAAUCAUAGGUAGCAUAGCAGGAAUAUUAGUGGUAGGUUGUUGCUCUCUGUGUUGUGGCUGUGGCCUAUGGGUCCAGGGUGUGCCAUAUGUGCACGGGUCCCCACCAGAAGGAUUCCUAGUCCUAGGGGGUGGAGUGUGAGGAACAUGGCUGUGUGCGGUCAAGCAGGCAUAGGGCAGCAGGCAUAGGCCAAGGUAAACAGCCUAGAUGACUCAUCAGGAUUGGGGCACAAGCGCACAGUUCCAUAUCUUAUAUAAUCAUAGCCAUGUAGGCACAACAUAAAGAAGCUCCCCACCUGGCUCUCAGUCACUAUCGUUUGCGUAGUGUAUAAAUGUAACACUGACCCUGUGAAGGGGCUGCUGAAGAAAGCCAUGUCUCAUUUACCUGCUGUCUCUUGAGUGUUCUUCCAGCUCCCUGCCCCACGUCCACCCACUCCCCUCAGCCCUCAGCUGGGGCUAGAACCUAACCCUGAGCAUGACAGAGAUACACAGACGGUUGUAAGCAGAGAAACGACAAGCUCCUAGGAUUUGAAAGGAUCAUUCUGACUACUUUGUGGAAAAUAGAUUUGAGGGCACAAGGACAAAACAGAGAGACCUGCUAAAGGGCUGCUGCAAUAGGGCAGAUGAGAAAUGGUGAUGGCUUCGACUAGAGCAGUGGUGGUGGAGGAGGUGGUGAGAAAU